AUGGCAGCAACCCUCAGAAUUUUAACAGCCAAAGUCAGGUGGGCAGCCAGGCAGAGUCCCCAGGUGGGCAGCCAGGCAGAGUCCCCAGGAGUCCUGGUCGCUGUCCUCGCCGGUCGCCCUUGUUUUCUGGGUUGUUCCUUGUACGGGCGAUACCCGCCACCCUUUUCCCUACUGUAUUUCCUCCUCUGUGCCCUCCUCCUCUCACGGACUACUGGUAGUUUGCCUGGCAUAGAGUUCAAUUAUGGUUCGAACCCCAAAUUUGUCUGCACGCCCAUUCCAGCGGACGCAGACCCCUCCUGCUUCACUCCAGGAGACGGCCAUGCCCCUAGUCCCGCCAAUGGACACAGUGGUAAUGGGCAUAGUAGUGAUCACGGUAGUGGAGGGCACCAUAUCUCAGAUGAUGCCAAAGCCACUAUUCUGCACCUACGGGAGAGUCUGGUCAGACAAAAGGAGACGAUUCUCGACCAGCGAGAGACCAUCCGCGAGCUGACGGCCAAGCUGGCGCUGUGCGACGGGCACCAUGGCCCCGGGCACCACGACCACCAUCACACAGACCACCAUCCCACGGACAGUCAUGGAGCCCAUCACGGGGAUCACCAUGGAGAGCACCACAGCGAUCACCAUGGCGAACACCACGGGGACCACCACGGGGACCCCCACUACCCUUUGAACAGCCAUGGCCAUAGAGAGAAGGGGCCUUACAUGGGCCACCACAGCUUCUCCCCAGAGCAGACUGGGAAGACUUUAACAGCUCUGAAGGAAAAACUAGAGGCCCUGCAGACCCGUAAUUCGACCAGCACAUACUCCAGUUCUCUGAAGGACCUCUUGCAGCGCAGGAUCAGUUUGCUGGAGGAGCAGCUCAGCCAUUACCACAGUUCCCACCAUGGUGAAGCUGGGGGCCACCAUGACGACCACCAUGGCCACGGCAGCCAUGGAGACCACCAUGAUGAUCACCAUGGUGGUCACCAUGACGACCAUCACCCUGACGGUCACCAUGACGAUCACCAUCAUGACCCGCACCAUGACACACACCAUGACUCUCACCAUCAUGGCCGGCACGGUCAUCGCAGCCAUGGUUCUCAUCAUGGUACUCACCAUGGCAGCCACCAUGGAAACCACCAUGGUGCUCACCAUGACACUCACCAUGACACCCACCAUGACCCGCACCACGACACCCACCACGAUGACCACCAUGGCGGUCAUCACAGCACUCAUCAUGACCCCCACCACGAUGUGCACCACGACGACCAUCACCACGGCAGCCAUCAUGACGACCACCAUCCCCACAGUAGCCAUCACGACGACCACCAUCCCCACAGUAGCCAUCACGACGACCAUCACGACGACCAUCACGACGACCAUCACCAUGACGAUCACCAUGGUACUGCGCAUCACGACGACCAUGGACACGCUCCUCUAGCCACUCAUGGAAAACAAGUACCAAGACCUCCAGCGGCGCAGAGUGGGACGCAUGCCAAACUGGACUCGGUUCUGAAUCAACUCCAUCGCAACACUGAACCAGCUGGCCAUCCCAACCUCAAGAGCCCAGAUGCUUUCCAGAUUGGCUUCCCAAUGCGGACCAACUACAUGUAUGGCCGCAUCAAGCGCACGCUCCUGAACGAGAUCUUUGCCCUGACGGUGUGUCUUUGGGUGAAGGGAGGCAAUGGGCCUGGCAUAGGCACCCCAUUCUCCUACUCUGUCCCUGGCCAGGCAAACGAACUGGUGCUGAUUGAGUGGGGCAACAAUCCUAUGGAACUACUGGUCAAUGACAAGGCGGUGACUCUGCCUCUGUCCAUAACUGACAGUAAAUGGCACCACUUGUGCAUUACUUGGUCCACGAGGGACGGUGUGUGGGAGGCGUACCAGGAUGGUGUGAAGAGGGGCGCGGGAGAGAGCCUCUCAGCUUGGCACCCCAUCAAACCCGGCGGAGUUUUCAUCCUCGGCCAAGAGCAGGACACUCUCGGUGGACGGUUUGACGCCACCCAGUCGUUCGUGGGCGAGAUGUCCGAUCUGCAGCUGUGGUCGCGCGUGCUGACGCCACAGGAGAUCAACAACCAGGCUUCCUGCCGAUCCCACCUCACCGGGGACAUCAUCACAUGGAUGGAGUCUGUGGUGGAGUUGCAUGGUGGGGUCACCAAAUACCCAUUUGACCCUUGCCACUGA